AUGAAACAGCUGGAAAGCUACGAGCAUUUCGUCUUGCGCGAACUACUGCGGGCCAGCAGCGACCUCAGCGGCGACUUUGUUCAUGCGGGUAGCUAG